AUGCCUUUUCUUUAUCGGCUCCAUUCACAUCAUACUUUAUCUGCACAACAUCUUCGUCAUGCUCUAGAAUUAAUAAUCACAAAACAUCAAUCUCUUCGAACAUCACUCAUAUUUCAUACAGGAAACAAUCAACAAUUACAACAAAUCUUUGAUAUGAACAAUAGUAUUAGACAACUAUUUACAUUUAUUGAAAGCACUUAUGAAACAGAUGAACAACUUAAUGAGAUUUUACACGACGAGAAACUUAAUCCUCGAUUUUUUGAUCUUGCUCAAGGUCUUGUCUUUCGAUGUCAUAUUAUUUAUUAUAAACAAAUCUCAUCAGAUGAUCUACUUUCUGACAGAGAUGUAGUCAUUCUCAAUGUUCAUCAUGCUUUGUUUGAUUUUCCAUCAAUGAAUAUCUUUCUUCAUGACCUCAAUCAAGCAUAUACAAUAGGCCACUUAUCAUAUGAUGAUAACAGUCUUCUACGUUACCUCGACUAUGCUACUAUUGAACGACAAAUAUCAAUGACUGGUGCAAGUAUGUUUUGGGCUGAUGUUCUUCAUGGUUGUAAACUCGAUCAACCUUUGUCAUUACCAUUCGAUCGAUACCGUCUCUCCAAUGAAUAUCGAAGUGAUCGUGGAACAUCUAUUUCAUUCGAUUUUGGUCAAGAUCUCUCACAUGAUUUUCUUAUUCAUGCAUCAUCAAAUAAUAUAUCACUUGACUAUCUCACAUUUGCUAUUUAUUUCAUCUUUCUAUUUAAAUUAACUAAUGGACAAACAGAUCUAUGUAUUGCUAUGAACAUCAAUAAUAAUCGAUAUAGAGAUGAACUCAAAUCAAUCAUUGGCCUGUUUGAGAAUGUCAUUCCAUUACGAUGCCAACUAGAUACUCAUCGGUCUUUCCAAUAUCUACUCGAUUAUGUUCGAGAGAUAACAAGCAAUAGUAUGAAAUAUUCAUAUUUUCCACUUCAACGUAUUCUCAAUCAACAUCCACAUAUUUCAAAACCUGCAUUUCUUGAUAUAUCAUUUCAGUUUCUAUCAUCUAUAACGAGAAGUAACAAUAAACUAAUAACGAUUGGUAAUAGUCAACUUUCUCCAAUACCUUUCACAAUGAGCAUGAACGAUAAUGAGAUUAGAAAUAAGUGUGAUUUUUCUUUUCUAAUUCAACAUGAUAUGAACAUGAAUCAACUCUCAUGCACAAUCAAUGCAUCACUUGAUUUAUUCAAUGUAGAAACAAUCGAUAAGAUAUCUCAACGAUUUCAUUCAAUGUUGAAACAAUUAUUUACAUCUGUUGAUGAUCAAAUGAGUAGACCAAUCUAUGAAAUAUCAUUAACAUUAGCAAAUGAAAGAUUACUUAUGCAAUCAAUGAAUAAUACACAAGUAUCAUUUUCAUCUCCUGUCACUUGUAUUCAUCAUGAAUUUGUAUAUCAAGUAAUGAAACAUCCACAAAAACUAGCUGUUGAAUUGGAUGAACAAUCUUUGACAUAUGCUGAACUAUUACAUUAUGUUCAAGUGUUAUCUUUACAUCUCAUGAAUAAUUAUCAUAUUAAGCCAGGUGACAUCGUUUGUCAAUGU